AUGUCAUAUCUCUCUGCAGACAAGGCAGAAUCUGAGCUUGCUCAAAGUAUAAAAAAAGCUACCAGUAUAGAAGAAACUGCCCCCAAACAAAAACACGUACGAAAAUGUAUCGUCUACACUUGGGAUCAUCGUACCUCUGCUGUCAUCUGGAACAUUCUGAAGAUUCAGCCUUUGUUGUCUGAUGAAGUUCAGACCUUCAAAGCUCUUAUUACUGUCCAUAAGAUCAUCAAAGAUGGUCAUCCAAAUGUCAUCAAAGAUGCUCUCCGGGAAACUGGAUGGUUAGAAGCAUGCGCUCGAAGUGUGAAUGGUGAUGGUGCUAGAGGCUAUGGAACUUUAAUUCGCAAUUACGUCGACCUUUUACAACAUAAACUUCAAUACCAUCGCGAACAUUCCGAGUUCAACGGAACAUUCGAUUACGAAGAAUAUAUCAGCUUAAAAAACAUUGACGAUCCAAAUGAAGGAUUCGAAACCAUCAAUGAUUUAAUGGUACUUCAGGACCGUAUCGAUCACUUCCAAAAGGUUGUAUUUGCAAGUUUCCGCAUGCACACAAACAAUGAAUGCCGAAUUGCUUCUCUUGUUCCCUUGGUCGAAGAGAGCUACGGUAUUUACAAGUUCAUCACAAGUAUGCUCAGGGCCAUGCACAAGAGAACCGAUGCAAUUGAUGCACUUGAACCUCUUCGCCAAAAAUUCAAUGCUCAGCAUUACAACUUACUCAAAUUCUACUACGAAUGCUCCAACCUCAAGUACCUGACCAGCCUGAUCAAUGUACCCAAACUCCCCCCAGACCCGCCGUCCUUGAUCGAUAGCAACACUCCCCAGCUCCCCAAGCGUCCUGUUGCUGCCAUUCAGUACGAGGGCGGCGGUGCUUCCAGCCCAGCCCCACCCCCACCUGUCCAGCCUUCGCCAGAACCAGUCAUCGAUUUCUGGUCUGAGCAGCAGGCCAAGCAGAGGCGCGAGUAUGAAGACCAGCAGCGCCCUCUGGAACAAGAACUUGGCCAAGUCAAUUCCAACUCACAGUUGAGAGAUGCUUCCAAGGAUGAAUUAAUCAGAUCCCUUCAGAAUGAAAUUCAGAUGUGGAAGAACAAAUACGAGGCUCUGGCCAAACUUUACAGCCAAUUGAGAAAGGAACAUAUCGACCUGUUGAAUAAAUACAAGCAGCUCCAGGUCAAGGCCAACGCUGCCCAGGAAGCAACCGAAAAGGUUGAACGUAUCCAGGCCGACAUGCGUGCCAAGAAUGUUGAGCUUGCUGAUCUCAUUCGUGAGCGUGACAGAGCACGUAACGAACUUGCAAGAAUCCAGGGAAGUCAACGUGAUGAAAUGGAUCGUUUACGCCGUGAACUUGAUGAAGCCAGAUCGCGUGUCCAGGAUGCUGGUAGAUCAAAGGGAGAUGAAGUCAGUGCUUUGUUGACUAAAUUCAACCGAGAAAAGGCCGACAUGGAAGCAAGUUUAAUGGAGAAGCAGGCUCUGAUUGAUGAGUUCCUCAAACAGCUUGAAGACCAGCAAAGUGAAGCCGAUAGAAUUAGACAGGAAAAAGAUGAAGAAAUUGCUGUUCUUCAGGCCGGUAUGGAUGAGUGUCUUCAGCAGUUGGCCGCAAUGCAACAGGAUGACAAGAAGCAAAAUCUCGAAGAUGAGUUGGAGCGUCUUGAGUAUGAGCAAUCUAAUAAACUUAACCAGAUCCUAGAUGCUAUCUUGAGUACAUGUAUUCAAAAGAUCAACGACGGUGUUUAUGAGCUCGAACUACCCAACCAGCACGGAAAUGAAAACACAACUCCUGAACUGACAUUGUCGAUGAUUGAGAGAGCAAGCAUUACGUCUGUCGAAUUCAUGUCUGCGUUCAGCAAGUUUAUGGAUGGCAGCAACUCGGGUGACUACACCGUCACUAUUACACGCGCGAUCGGGUUCUCGGACACGAUUAUCGAUGUGCUUGUGCACUCUAAGGGCAUCACCCGCCUGGUUCUCGAAGACGAGGACAUUGAAGAGAUCAUCAAACUUGCACGCCAGUCUGCCGAGUCGUGCAUCCAGUACUUCAGCAGCGUGAUGUCCAACUAUCUCAAGAUGCUUUCUCCCGCCCAGCGCCCCGAAGUUGUGAUCCAGGGAGACAUGCGGGUACAGGAGUCCCUGACCCGGCUGUCCCAAAAGACCGAGGAUCUGAUCCUGACCGGCGCAACCGAUCUGAACAAGAUGGCUGACGGAGAGGUCGGCGACCUUGUGGAGCAGGAGAUGUCGAACGCGGCACGUGCAAUCGAGGAAGCGACCUCCAAGAUCCAGGAUCUGAUGCGCCGACCAGCCCACCCUGAUUUCAGUGCGACCGAUAUCCAGGUCCACCAGCUGAUUCUCAACUCAGUUCUGGCCCUGACAAAUGCGAUCGCCAAUCUGAUCAAAUGUGCCGUGGCAUCGCAGCAGGAAAUCGUCUCACAGGGCCGUGGAUCGUCCUCCAAGGCUGCGUUCUACAAAAAGCACAACCGCUGGACCGAGGGAUUGAUUACGGCCGCGAAAGCCGUGGCAGUUGCUACCAAUCUGCUGGUCGAGGCUGCGGACGGCGUGAUCAGCAAGACCCAUUCGCUGGAGCAGCUUAUCGUGGCAUCCAAUGAAGUGUCGGCCGCCACAGCCCAGUUGGUGGCUGCCUCGCGCGUCAAGUCGACUUUCAUGUCACGUGCCCAGGAGCGUCUGGAGAUGGCAGCCAAGGCAGUCAAAGACGCAGCGGCAGAGCUGGUCAAACAAGUCAAGCAGCUGGUUGCGCAAAAGGCGAACAGCGAUGACCUUCGAAUCGACUUUAACAAACUAUCGGUUCACGAGUUCAAGCGUCGUGAAAUGGAGCAGCAGGUCAAGAUCUUGAAGCUAGACUCCGAGCUGGUCAAUGCACGCCGUGUUCUGGCCGAAAUGAGACGAAGUGGAUAUCACACUGAGGAAACGGAUUAA